GAACCCGGGAGCGAGCGAAACGCAAUGACAUUUCCUCUUUAAAUAACAGGAGCCGGGGCCCCUUGGAGAAAUGGCCGCGUCGGCAGAUUUAAGUAAGUCUUCCCCAACACCGAAUGGGAUUCCGUCUUCAGACCCAGCCAACGAUACCAUGGACCCUUUCCAUGCUUGCAGUAUUCUUAAGCAACUCAAAACAAUGUACGAUGAAGGACAGUUGACAGACAUUGUAGUGGAAGUGGAUCACGGGAAAACAUUUUCCUGUCAUAGAAACGUUCUUGCUGCAAUCAGCCCCUACUUCAGAUCCAUGUUCACUAGCGGCCUUACAGAAAGUACUCAGAAAGAAGUUCGAAUCAUCGGUGUUGAAGCUGAAUCAAUGGAUUUAGUAUUGAAUUAUGCCUAUACCUCUAGAGUUAUUCUGACAGAGGCCAAUGUUCAAGCCUUGUUCACUACAGCUAGCAUCUUCCAAAUUCCUUCCAUACAAGACCAGUGUGCUAAGUACAUGAUUAGUCAUUUGGAUCCACAGAAUUCUAUUGGAGUCUUUAUCUUUGCUGAUCAUUAUGGUCAUCAGGAACUUGGAGAUCGAUCAAAAGAAUAUAUCCGUAAAAAGUUUCUGUGUGUCACCAAAGAACAAGAGUUUCUCCAGCUGACAAAAGACCAACUCAUAAGCAUACUAGAUAGUGACGAUUUAAAUGUAGACCGGGAAGAACAUGUUUAUGAAAGCAUUAUAAGGUGGUUUGAACAUGAGCAGAAUGAAAGAGAAGUACACCUUCCAGAAAUUUUUGCCAAAUGUAUACGUUUUCCUCUAAUGGAAGAUACAUUUAUUGAGAAAAUUCCUCCUCAGUUUGCGCAGGCCAUAGUCAAAAGUUGUGGAGAAAAAGGACCCUCUAACACCAAUGGCUGUACACAGAGGCUUGGAAUGACUGCUUCUGAAAUGAUUAUAUGUUUUGAUGCUGCACACAAACACUCAGGAAAGAAGCAAACAGUGCCUUGUCUAGAUAUAGUCACAGGAAGAGUGUUUAAACUAUGCAAACCACCAAAUGACCUAAGAGAAGUUGGGAUUCUUGUUUCACCAGAUAAUGACAUAUACAUUGCAGGAGGGUACAGGCCAAGCAGCAGUGAGGUGUCCAUCGAUCAUAAAGCAGAAAAUGAUUUUUGGAUGUAUGACCAUUCCACCAACAGAUGGCUUUCCAAGCCAUCCUUGCUUCGGGCCAGAAUAGGCUGCAAACUAGUAUAUUGCUGUGGUAAAAUGUAUGCAAUUGGAGGGCGUGUUUAUGAAGGCGAUGGGAGAAACUCACUGAAGUCUGUGGAGUGCUAUGACAGCAGAGAGAACUGCUGGAUGACUGUUUGUGCCAUGCCAGUUGCAAUGGAGUUUCACAACGCUGUGGAGCACAAAGAGAAAAUCUACGUCUUACAGGGAGAAUUUUUCCUCUUCUAUGAGCCUCAAAAAGACUACUGGGGGUUUUUAACCCCCAUGACUGUGCCUAGAAUCCAGGGCUUAGCGGCCGUGUACAAAGACUCGAUCUACUACAUAGCUGGAACCUGUGGAAAUCAUCAGCGUGUGUUUACUGUUGAAGCCUAUGAUAUUGAGCUAAAUAAAUGGACUCGUAAAAAGGACUUUCCAUGUGACCAGUCUAUAAAUCCAUACCUUAAGCUGGUACUUUUCCAGAAUAAACUCCAUUUAUUUGUGCGAGCUACUCAAGUGACUGUUGAAGAACAUAUCUUCAGAACCAGCAGGAAAAAUUCUCUUUACCAAUAUGAUGACAUUGCUGACCAGUGGAUGAAAGUGUAUGAGACCCCAGAUCGGCUGUGGGACCUUGGCCGCCAUUUUGAGUGUGCAGUGGCUAAACUCUAUCCUCAGUGUCUUCAGAAAGUUCUUUAAUUAAAGUAGCGGGCCAAAGCACGUCACUGGCAUCUCAUACUAAGGAAGCUUGUUUAGGAAAUGCUGUCAACAUUGAAGAAAGCUAACAGAGUUUUGUAUUCAGAAAUGGGUGCUCAUAAAGAUUGUGGUGUCGGGAGGGAUUUGCUUUUACCUUCAUGAUAUUUUCAUUUCAGUCAGGAAAGGUAACAAAGUGCAAUUAUCAGCAUUUUUCCACCCCUGGCAUAAAAGUAUCAUCCUAGAAUUUUGUGAUCAAUAGUUGGUGAGAAACCAGGUGAAUUCAAGACAACUAUGCACUCUUGAAAAGCAGAGUAUUCCUGGGUAGAGACAUCCAAAUUUGUUAACAUGACUUUAUUUUAAAUACGGGUAACAAUAUGA